AUGGACUGUGCGGUGUGCCUGACCCGCUUAGCGACAACGAGAUGGCUCGCGGAAGGAGGGCAGCCUCACAUCCUGGACGCAGCUGAGCUAGGCCUCGAGGCGUGGAAGGAAGUGUCGGCGGAGACAAUCAAGAGGUGCUGGAGGAAAUGUGACAUCCUUCCUCCAGCGGUGCACGCGGACCUCGACCAGGAUGUGGGAAAGAAUAUCCCCAACAAGAAGGAGAAUCUCGACUAGCUGACGGACUUGGUGCAGCGUCUUUCUCUGGAGGCGAAGAAGACAACUCUCGAUGAAGACCUUGGCGAGGCACUUAAGGGUCUGGGGUUGGCACCUGGCGCAGCGCCAACCCAGGCUUCCAUGGAAGCCGUGCAGACAUGGUUGGGUGUAGAGGAGAAAGCGGACGUGGCGGAGGCCAUUAUUGCAAAUCUGAAGGACGAUCUUUGUGAGGAGUCGCUUGCCCAACUAAACUUAGACCAACUGAACCUAGACUCGGACGACGACGAGGCCGACUCUUCGGCGGGAGACGAGGGCCAGUGUACGCAGCCCCUGGUCUCUCCUCGUCCGCCUCCAUACGCUGACGUAUCUAGGCAGUUCGGGGACCUCGAAGAAAUAGCAGAGAGGUGCAGCAUGGCCGGGGUAGCGUACCAUCUUCGCAAGGCGAAGUUAGCCUGGAUGAGCGAGGCUGGGUCAAGGAAAACGAAGCAAACAUGCAUGGCAGACUUCAUGUAAAG